CCAAUAACGACUAUUCUGAUUGGAUAAUUCUGUCGCUUGGUAUGCCCCGAUCUUUCCCUGCUAAAGGGGGUUUAUUGUUCCUCCGAGUCAAGUGGCGAUAUAGAUUUUAGCUGGACCUCCUUAGAUCUCAUUCAAAAAUAAUACGUUGCUGAAAUGGCAGGAGGUAAGGCAGGUAAGGAUAGUGGAAAGGCUAAGGCAAAAGCAGUGUCUCGCUCCCAAAGGGCUGGACUUCAGUUCCCAGUGGGUCGUAUCCACAGGCACUUGAAGACCCGCACUACAAGCCAUGGUCGUGUGGGUGCGACAGCAGCCGUCUACAGCGCAGCCAUCCUUGAAUAUCUCACAGCUGAAGUUUUGGAGUUGGCAGGAAAUGCCUCAAAAGAUCUAAAGGUGAAGCGUAUCACUCCUCGCCAUUUACAGUUGGCCAUUCGUGGAGACGAGGAGUUGGACUCCCUCAUCAAGGCAACCAUUGCUGGUGGUGGUGUGAUUCCUCACAUCCAUAAGUCUCUGAUCGGUAAGAAGGGUCAGCAGAAGACUGUGUAGUUCCCAUCGGAGUGACUAUGGGGACAUGGACUCAAGGACUUGCAUUUGGAAAGCGUGACCAGAUCGGCUUGUGUUCAUCCAUUCAUCCAUUCUCAUUUUUUUUAAGUUAAUAUUAAUGUUAUACUAGCUAACCAUGAGUGAUUUGUUAGUUUUGUGUUAAUGUUAUAUCGCCAAAUCUAGAAUGGCAAAUAAAUCCCCCCAACCCAAAUGUCAGGUAUUUUAGAGGGAGACAAGCAGGAAGUGUCUGAUAUUUCCUGCUGUGACUGUGGAGUUGUUUCUUAAAUUGGCCAGAGCUAUGAAGCUGUUUUAUACUGAAAUGGAAAUAAAACAUUUUAUACAAAACAAGAUUAGCUUGUUCUCAUUUUAUUGUUUGUGUCUUCUCUAUUUUUUUUAUAAAAUGGGAGUUAGUCAGCUAAAUAAUAUUUCCGCCAUUUAUUAUUUGUUCUAUUAUGUGUUGCAAUUUUUUUACAACCCUGUUAACCAAAAUUUUAAACAUGGCCACAUGUAUUUAAUAGAUUAAAGAGCUUCAACAAAUGGAGUCAACCUAUAAAUUGUGUAAAUAUUGUGAAAAUGUCAAUGAAGAGCUAUUCCACCGUACUGUAUACAAUGAUCGAGGCAAAAUCUGAUUCUUUGUGGUAAUAAAAUUUGUCAAUUUA